CUCAGUUUAAAUCAAACUUUCUUUCCUUUAACUUACUAAAAUGUUUUCUUCAAAGGUUUUCACUUUAACUUUCCUCAUUCUGCUCGUGAGUUGUAUGGUAAAAUCAGAAUCGGCCAGUGGCAAUCAUGAAAGAGUUAAGCGUCAAGGAUGUGAAAAUGGAGGUAUUGCACCUUAUUGUUGUGAAAACGGAUCAUAUAGCCCAUACUGCUGUGAAAAUAACUCCCUCUCACCAUACUGCUGUGAAAACAACUCUCCAUCACCUUACUGUUGUGAAAAUGGUUCAAUGAACUCAAACUGCUCACCUUAAGUAACCUUCAACCGGCAUAAGAUUUUUUCUAAAAAUGUUAUUGUAAAAAAAUUGAUUUGAAUUAAUUUACUGAGUUUAAUAUAUUCAAUUUUAACAUUUCUCGUC